UUGCUAUAAGCUCCCAUGAGUCCCUCUUUUGUAGCAGAGAAUAAUCUCUCACAAUCUCUCUGAACCUUUCAACUUCCAAUCCUCCCCUCUCGAUUACACACACAGAAACAGACUUCUCUCAAUCUCUCCUUACCCAAGAAGUAAGCUUUCCUCCUCUGCUCAAAAAGAAGACUUUUUCUCUCUUUUUACUUGUUCACAAACUCCUAAACCAAGCUUUUCCUCUUCCCCCACCCCCUUUCUUGUGAGUAAUGGUGGGUGCGUGCUUUCAAUUUCAUCACUCCCAAGCUUUCCACAUUGUGAAGAUCUUUGUCACCAUUUGCUUUCGUCGCAGAGUUUGAAAUACGUGACUUGCUUGCUUGGCAUUCUCUCUGAGUCUUAUUAUAAAUCAAAACAGAGUAACUUGGGAGGGUGUGUGUAUCUUUGUAUGGCAAGUGAUACGGUCUCUGCUGGUUCAAACUUCAUUGUUUUGCUCCAAAGCGAUAGACUUGCUGCUUCUUCUUCUUCUUCUGAGGCUCUGGACUCCAUUUGGAUCCCUACUUGCUCCACUGUUCACGGUCCAUCGUCAAUGGUUAAUUUUGAUAAUGUUGGAGGAGGAGGCACCAUGGAUAAUCCGGAUGAGGAGCUUGAUAUGCACAAUAAUCAACAACCGGGGAAGAAAAGGCGACUCUCGGCAACGCAAGUUCAAUUUCUUGAGAGGAAUUUUGAUUUGGAAAACAAGCUUGAACCAGAGAGGAAACUCCAACUUGCUAAGGAACUAGGAUUGCAGCCUCGCCAAGUCGCCAUAUGGUUCCAAAAUCGAAGAGCUCGGUACAAGAACAAACAGCUCGAGAAGGAUUUCGAUUCCUUGAAAUCUUGCUAUGAUAAGCUCAAGGUCGAUUGCGACAAUCUCUUGAAGGAGAAAGAAAUCCUCACACAAGAGGUUAUAGCACUGAAAGAGAAAUUGGUUGAUAGAGAGAGAGGAAAAGAAAAUUUGGAAUUCCAAGAUGCAAUUGAGGCAGCUAAGAAUGCAGAACCUGAAAAACCAGCAGUCCCAAAUUCUUCAGAGUCCAAUGUUGUGGCAAUGGUGGUCUGCAAACAAGAAGAUGCAAGCUCAGCUAGAAGUGACGUUUUUGACUCAGACAGUCCACAUUACACUAAUGGGAACCAUUCUUCAUUGUUAGAACCAGAACAGUCGGAUUUCUCACAAGAAGAAGAGGAUCAUCAUCUUGAUAGGAGCUUCUUGCAAGUCCUACCAUGCUUUCCAAAACUUGAAGAUGGAUGUUAUAAUGACCCGCCUGUUAAUUCCUCUAGUUUUGAGUUUCCAGUAGAAGAUCAGCCAUUCUGGACUUGGUCUUAUUAAGUUCUAUGGUGUAUGUACCCCAGUUUUAGCAAUGUAAAAUAAGAUCUCGUAAAAUGGAAACAUAUCUGAACACCUGCUGUUGCUUUGCCAGUUCAGGCUUAGUCAAGGAAGAUGGUUCGUGGUGGCCGAGGAAUUCGCGGUUCCUCCCCUCCCCUCCCCAAUCACAGUGAAUCUUCCUCCCAAGUUUGGCCUAGAUUAAAAUUUUGGAUUACAAAGUGAAAAGGCAGCAAUUUUUGGUUGAUAAUUUGAUACAAAUUUAAAGGUCUUUUUUU